AUGACUGGAACAUUCUACCUCAUGACUCGCAGAAUCUGCUGCUAGACACCGAACAAACACCGAACUCGCUUUAUAACUGACAGACAGCACAGAUCCGCGCGGAUCAUCUAAAGAAAGGUACGCGGAGUUUACUACGUAACGUUAGUGUUCUGCGCUCGGAGUCUGACGCGUUUUCUGAGGCAUGACGGUGAAACGGAGCUCCGCUGCAGGUGUCUGCUGGACCCUACUGAUGGGGUGUGUGUUUGCAGCUCACGCGGUGACGUUUGAGGUGACGGAUGGAAACUCCACCUGCAUUAAAGCAGAUCUCAACAUCAGCUUCAGCAUCACCUACAACACCACCAAUGGAACGAGCGCGGCGAGGUUUGUGCUGCCGUCCACAGCAGCGGUGGGUGAAGGUAGUUCCUGCGGCGGAGCUGAUGUUCCUCCAGAGCUGCUGGUGUCCUUCAGCACCGGUCACACUCUCACACUCCUGUUCUCCAGAGACACACACCUCUACCGUGUGUCCAGCAUCAGCCUGCAGUACAACCUGAGCGACACCAGCACCUUCCCACAGUCCUCCAGCCGCGGGCUCAUGACGGCGGUGAGGAACGUGACGGAGAUCUGGGCGAGGUUAAACAGCACCUACAGGUGUGUGAGCCCCAGCAGCUUCAGUCUGAGCCCCGAGGUCAACCUCACCUUCUCUGAUGUGCACAUGGAGGCUUACAUGAGCGGAGCAAACCUCAGCACGGACGAGAGCGUUUGCAGCGCUGAUCAGACGGUUACGACCGCUGCCCCGACUCAGUCGCCCAGAACCACGUCCGCCCCGUCUCCCACCCCGCUGCCCGCUCCGCUGCAAGGGAACUACACCCUCACUGACCACAACGGCACCGCCUGCCUGCUGGCACUGAUGGGGUUACAGCUCAACAUCACACACCGCUCCAGAGCACUGAACCAGAUGGUCAGCGAGGUCGUGAACCUGCAGCCCAACAGAACCACAGCCUCGGGGUCGUGUGGGGUCACGGUCGCCACGCUGGUGCUGACGGAGGAUCUCACCAACCUCACCUUUACCUUCACACUGAACUCCACUACACAGAAGUAUUCCCUGAGCGCUGUGAACGUCUCUGCUCUCUGGCCUGACAUGACAGACCGGUUUGAGGAGGGAAACGUCUCUCUGAACUUCCUGCAGUGCAGCGUGGGCCGCUCGUACAUGUGCAGCGCGGAGCAGACGCUCUCGAUCGUGCCCAGCUUCUCCAUAAACACCUUCAGACUCCAGCUGCAGCCCUUCAACGUCACGGCCGGACGCUUCUCUGCAGUGGAGGAGUGCCGUGUGGAUCAGGAGAACAUGCUCAUCCCCAUCAUCGUGGGUGUGGCUCUGGCCGGUCUGGUGCUCAUUGUCCUCAUCGCGUAUCUGAUCGGCAGGAAGAGGACACACGCCGGAUACCAGACCAUCUGAUCACCUUCAUCAUCCUCCUCCUCCUCUGUCUGCGCUGCGAUCGACUGCAACGACAUGCACUGGAGUGUGUGUGUGUGUGUGUGAGAGAGAGAGUGUGUGUUCACUUUAAGGUCAGGGGUCAGCUGCAGUGGUCAGUGUGUGUGUGUGUGUGUGAGUGAGUGAGUGAGUGUUAACUGUGAGGUCAGGGGUCAGCUGCAGUGGUCAGUGUGUGUGUGAGUGAGUGUUAACUGAGGUCAGGGGUCAGCUGCAGUGGUUAUUAAUGUGAGAGUGUGUUUGUGUUCACGGUGAGGUCAGAGGAGUGUGUGUGUGUGUGUGUGUGAGAGAGAGUGUGUGUGUGUGUGUGUGUGUGUGUGUGAGAGAGAGAGUGUGUGUGAGAGAGAGUGUGUGUUCACUGUAAGGUCAGGGGUCAGCUGCAGUGGUCAGUGUGUGUGUGUGUGUGAGUGAGUGAGUGAGUGUUAACUGUGAGGUCAGGGGUCAGCUGCAGUGGUUAUUAAUGUGAGAGUGUGUUUGUGUUCAUGGUGAGGUCAGAGGAGUGUGUGUGUGUGUGUGUGGGUGUGUAUGAAUGAUGAUUGUUUGAGUCCAGAUGUUCAGCACAAACUGGACAGACCUUCACUCUCAGACGUAAUCCUAAAAAUGACUCCUCUUUUCUUUUCUUUUCUUUUCUUCUAAUGUUCUUUUCUUCUGUUCAUUUUAUUCUAAAAUGCUCAAUGUUUUAGUGUUUGUACUGAUUUUAACUGGCUAUAUGUAAAAAUAAGUGUAUGACAUCAGCUCAUUUAUGUGUGUGUGUGUGAUGCUGGCAUUAAAUGAUACGUGAUGUUAAUAAUUACCCAUGAUCCUCCACACACACACACACACACACAGAGAGAGCUGUAAGAGCCGUUCACACAGAACACGUUUGUUCGGAUCUGAUCUGAUCUUGAGCAGCGAGACUCUAGUUCAGUGAUUCUGUGUGAACAUGAACCCUAAACCCUGAUGAUGAUGAUGAUGAUGAUGAUGAUGAAGUUUAGCUUGUUGCUCGGGUGAAAAGGGAAAUGAAUGAAUGUGAUUCUGAAACUAUCUUGUUUCCUAAGACAUUUAAAGUGCAUGCCAGUGACAUCAUCAUCACAGCAUGAAGAUGAAGAUGAUGGUGGAUCUGUGGAUCAGUGUUUAAGUGAUGAUGAUGAUGAUGAUGAUGACAGCACUCAUGUCUCAUGCUUGUGUCACUGACGUUGGUUUCUGGAUAUUUUUGUAGUGAAUGUUUGGUUAUUUUAUGCUUCAGGGUUUGAGAUUAAUAAAUAAAUGACUUCCACUCCA